AAUAGACAAAAGUAGCCAAGAUACACAUAAUAUGGAGGGCCAGAGAAGCUGCUUGAUUCUUGCACUAUUAUAUUUCCUUCACCUGGCCUCUACUAUUGAAUCCUCCGGUGUACCCAAAGAGAACCCAGCAAAGGAAAUGAUUCAAAUCGGGCUAAUUUUCAGCAUGAACUCAACCAUCGGGAGGGUGGUGGAGAGUUGUAUAUCCAUGGCGCGCUCUGAUUUCUAUGGCGCGCACCCUGAUUACCGUACCCAAUUGUCGCUUCUCAUCAGAGAUCCAAAGGAUGACAUCGUCGAUGCAGCAUCAGCAGUUUUGGACUUGAUGGAGAAUGAAGAAGUCCAUGCAAUCCUGGGCCCACAAUGGUCCUCACAAGCCAAAUUUGUAAUCGACUUAGGAGUGAAAGCUCAAGUCCCAAUCAUAUCCUUCUCAGCCACUAGCCCAUCCCUUUCUCCCACACAAAGCCAUUAUUUCGUUCGGACAGCCUAUGAAGACAGUUUACAGGUUGGUGCUUUAGCGGCUGUUGUUCAAGCUUAUGGUUGGAGGGAAAUAGCUCUUGUAUAUGAAGACACUGAGUAUGGCAAGGGCUUGGUUCCAUACCUUGGCGACGCAUUCCAAAAGGUCGAUGCUCGGAUCACUUACAGAAGCGUUAUUCCUCCAUCUCCAGAAGAUAUCGACAUCGUAAAAGAGCUCAAUAAGUUGUUAGUGAUGCAGACCAGAGUUUUUCUUGUUCAUAUGACUGCUGUGAUCGGGUCUCGGUUCUUUGUUCUGGCGAGUGAGGCGGGCAUGGUGAGCGAGGACUUUGCGUGGAUUGUCACUGAUGGUUUGUCCUCUUUAUUGGACCCGGUCAGCUCUAAGGCUUUGGAUUCGAUGCAAGGUGUAGUAGGUGUAAGGCCACAUGUACCACCAUCAGAGUCUCGUAGAAAUUUCGAAGAGAGAUGGACAAAGCUUUACGCCGAGAGAAAUUCACAUGACGAGAUUGCUUAUCUCAGUCUCUUUGGAUUAUGGGCAUAUGACACAGUUACAGCACUAGCAAUAGCAGGAGAGAUGGCAUGGGAGCCUGCAAGGUCUAGAUAUUUAAAGCCGAAUAGGAGCAGAACCAAUCUGGACUUUUCGUCUAUUGGGAUAUCGGAGAUGGGCCCGAAAUUGCUAGACAAAAUUCUAAGCAUCAAAUUUCAAGGCCUCAGCGGAGAAUUUAACUUGCCCGACGGCCAACUUCAGCCGAUUGCAUUCGAAAUAUUUAAUGUUGUAGGACAGAGGGAGGAAAUUAUUGGAUAUUGGACUUCGGCACAAGGACUUUCACCCGAAUUGAACCAAUCAACGAAGGAAGAGUAUACUGCUUCGGCCAACGAUUUGAAGCCGCCUACUUGGCCAGGAAAUACAUUAAAGCCACCGAAAGGUUGGGUGAUGCCGAUAUCAGGAAAGAAACUGAGGAUUGGCGUUCCGCAGAAAGACGGCUUUACUGAGUUCUUCAAAAUCGAAUGGGAUCCGCAUACGGGCGUGCCCAGCUACUCAGGAUUCGCCCACGACAUGUUUCUUGCAGUACUGGAUGCAUUGCCUUUUGCUAUUCCUUACCAGUAUGUUCCUUACGUGAAUGAGAGCGGGCAAAGUGCGGGAACCUACGACGAAAUGUUGUACGAAAUUAAACUUCAGAAAGUCGAUGCGGUUGUGGGAGACACGACUAUCGUUGCAAAUCGCUCGUCCUACGUCGAUUUUACCCUUCCCUACUUAGAAUCUGGUGUAGCAAUGAUAGUUGCCAUUAAGGAUGAUGAGCGGAGAAACAUGUGGAUCUUCUUAAAACCAUUGAGUUGGAAUCUCUGGCUAACGACCGGUUUGGCCUUCAUUUUUACUGGGUUCGUGGUUUGGCUACUCGAACAUCGUACAAAUGAAGAAUUUAGGGGUCGACGUAGUCAACAAAUCGGUUUAAUUCUCUGGUUUUCCUUCUCCACAUUGGUGUUUGCUCAUAGAGAGAAGAUUGCAAACAAUUUGACAAGGCUUGUGCUUACCGUAUGGGUAUUUGUGGUGCUCAUCCUGACUCAGAGUUAUACUGCAAGUUUAACUUCAUUUUUAACCGUGCAACGUUUGACGCCGAAGUUCGUGGAGGUGCAAGACUUGAUAAGGAAUCACCUUUUCGUCGGGUAUUCGAAAGGAUCUUUCGUGAGAGGACUUCUCGUGAGACAGCUCAAUUUCGAUGAGUCCAAAUUGAUUCCUUAUAGUUCGCCGGAGGAAUACCACGAGGCGCUAUCGAAGGGAAGCGAAAACGGAGGAGUCGCGGCAAUCUUUGAUGAAUUGCCAUUCAUAAAAAUCUUCCUUGCCAGAUACUGCAAUAAGUACAAAAUGGUAGGACCAACCUAUAAAACUGACGGGUUUGGCUUUGCCUUUCCAUUGGGGUCCCCUUUGGUCUCCUACUUCUCAAGGGCAAUCUUGAAUGUCACUCAAGAUAAAGAGAAAAUGGAUGCGAUCCAAGGAAAAUAUUUCCGCGAUCAAAGCUCGUGCCAAGAUCAAGAUGCUGCGAUCUUUUCAGACAAUCUUAGCCUGAGCGUGUAUAGCUUUGGAGGGCUCUUCAUCAUCACCGGGGUCGUCUCGGUAUCUUCCGUAUUGAUAUAUGUGGUUUCGUUCUUCUAUUCUCAAUGGCCUUCUUCGACAGCGAUUCCUUCCGGUGAUCGCUCCCUUUGGUCCAUGUUUUCGGAAACUGCAAAUAACUUCUUUCGAGAGCACGGAUUAUUCAAAUGUCUGGAGAGAAAUAGAUCUAAGAUAGUUCCGACUUCGCAUUUUCGAAGUAGGAAAGCUUUUCCUAAUAGUGAUAUUGAACUGAUUGCGAGGACACCAAAUGAAGGAGAGAGGCCAGUGCUCAUUAUACACGUUUGAAUAAUGUGUUUUAAGAGAUGCUCAUCGAGCAUGAGAACGAUUCACCUCAUCUAGGUAUGUGUAUACACACAUAUUAGCAAUUUGUUUUGUUUUCUUUUUCUUUUGGAAUAAAGGGGUGAAUUUGGGUUGAUAAAGAUCGUAUGUAAAAUCUUUUGUUUGCUAUAUAUAUUUUCACUAAGGAAAA